CUCCUCCUCUGCCUCCUCCUCCUCCUCUGCCUCCUCCUCCUCCUGCUCCUCAGCCGCUCCAUUUUACGUAGCGCGGGUGCGGGGUCCUGCCAGGCCGCUCGCGUCUCGUCCUCGUCCUCCCCGCCGCCCGCCAUGAAUGAGGAGUACGACGUGAUCGUGCUGGGCACCGGCCUGACGGAAUGUAUUCUUUCCGGUAUCAUGUCAGUAAAUGGAAAGAAGGUCCUUCAUAUGGAUCGCAACUCUUACUAUGGAGGCGAUAGUGCAUCCAUAACACCCCUGGAAGAUCUGUAUAAAAGAUUUAAUUUACCAGGAUCUCCUCCAGAAUCGAUGGGGCGGGGAAGAGACUGGAAUGUGGACCUAAUUCCCAAAUUCCUAAUGGCUAACGGUCAGUUGGUUAAAAUGCUGCUGUAUACCGAAGUCACUCGCUACCUAGACUUCAAAGUGACUGAAGGGAGUUUUGUCUACAAAGGAGGGAAAAUCUACAAGGUUCCUUCUACGGAGGCCGAAGCUCUGGCAUCCAGCUUGAUGGGACUGUUCGAGAAACGCCGAUUCAGGAAAUUCUUGGUGUACGUUGCCAACUUCGAUGAAAACGACCCGCGAACCUUUGAAGGUGUCGAUCCUAAGAAGACGAAUAUGCGAGACGUAUAUAAGAAGUUUGAUUUGGGCCAGGAUGUUAUAGACUUCACGGGUCACGCCCUUGCCCUCUACAGAACUGAUGACUACCUAGACCAGCCAUGCCAAGAAACCAUCAACAGGAUUAAACUCUACAGUGAGUCUUUGGCUAGAUAUGGGAAAAGCCCCUAUCUUUACCCGCUCUACGGGCUUGGAGAGCUGCCCCAAGGAUUCGCAAGGCUAAGUGCCAUUUAUGGAGGCACUUACAUGCUGAACAAGCCAAUUGAAGAGAUUGUGAUAGAAGGUGGAAAAGUCAUCGGGGUGAAAUCUGAAGGAGAGAUCGCCCGCUGCAAGCAACUGAUCUGUGACCCCAGCUAUGUGACGGACAGAGUAACCAAAGUGGGCCAGGUGAUUCGAGUUAUCUGUAUCCUCAGCCACCCAAUCAAGAACACCAAUGAUGCCAACUCCUGCCAGAUCAUCAUUCCACAGAACCAGGUCAACCGAAAAUCAGAUAUCUACGUUUGCAUGAUUUCUUCUGCGCACAACGUGGCAGCACAAGGAAAAUACAUUGCCAUAGUUAGCACGACUGUGGAAACCAGUGAUCCCGAGAAAGAAAUCAAACCUGCCUUAGAUCUCUUGGAACCAAUUGAACAGAAAUUUGCUAGCAUCAGUGACCUCCAUGCUCCGACUGAUUUGGGAACCGAAAGCCAGAUCUUCAUCUCACGCACUUACGAUGCUACAACUCACUUUGAGACAACCUGUGACGACAUUAAGGACAUCUAUAAAAGGAUGAUGGGGUCAGAGUUCGACUUCGAGGAAAUGAAACGCAAGAAGAAUGACAUCUAUGGUGAAGAGGAGCAGCAGUAAGAGGCUAACGUGUAAUUUAGAAGAGGUUUAAAAUUUGGCUAAUAGAGAUCUGUAUCAGGAACCUAAUGAACACUGUAUGAAUUUCAAUAUUGUACGGCCUGCUUUUGUAAUCACAUCUUUGAGAGAUUGACAGAAUACUGCACCGGUAAACGCUCCCCAUUUCUCUUCCCCCCAACUAUCAUGUAUUAACUAUCUCGUGCUGGUGGGAUGGCUGUCCAGGAUCGGCAGAUGACUGACAUUUUGUUUAAUUUAAUUCAAUCAUCGGGCUUGUGGUGUUUUUAGAAAAAGUGCAGUAUAAAAGCCACUCUAGAAUUAUAUAGACACUGAUGCAGAAAACUGCAGACUCGAUACAGUAUUUGUAUCUUUUAAUAAGCGUAUCCUUUGCAGUGAUGUGCUCAUGCUGCUCAAGUGUUGGAUCGGUGACGGCGUCGUGCCAUCUGUCCUGUUAAGGAGACUAAAUUGAACACUCCCAUUAUUUUGGACAGCAUCCCUAAGUUCUCCCCCUAACCUUAAAUUUUGUGUCAAGUCGUACUCUGACGGCGCCCAAAUAUCAUAGCCAUCGCUGUUUGGGUUAUAGCUCUGGGCAUGGAAUUAACGAAACCGCAGCUUUUGAAACUGUUUACGUCCUCUUGGGGUUGCCUAUGUGCCUAAGGCUCCUUUUUGUGUUUUAACCUAAUAAAACAGAUGAAAGAAAACCAGUUACAAAGCAGGAAAGACGUGGAAGUAUUUUCUGUAGCCCCCGUGGCUUCUCGGAGGGACCAAACCGCACUGCAGUAUUGACUUGACGGAGCUGGCGGUUCUACAGUGUGUCUAAAAUGGCUCCAAAUGAUUUCUGUACUGCAAAGUAAAGCCAAACUCUGGAAACCAA